AACCUUAGAGACGAACGAAAAUGGCGUACCGUUCCCAGUAAAAACUCGUUGACUAUCCCGUUAUCGGAUGCUCCGAUAGAAUUCUGGAAGUUAAUAAAAAAAAAUUGUGAAACGAUAAGAAAUCGACGUGGUGAGGAAGAAUGUGAGGUGUGGAAGGUUUAUGCAGUUUUGUAUACAUUUUAAUGCGGUCACCUGGCGAGCAAGAGUAUAAAAUGCCGUGACUAAAAUUUGCGACGUUUUGACACGUUUACAAACGGGAUAAUUUCGGUAUUAAAUUUUGCAAACGUUCUUUGAAAGUAGCAACUUAUUGAUGGUACAACAAGAUAGACUGGUUCAAGAACUGGAACUCGCUUAUAAAGGAUAUGAAAUCACUGUACAAACACUAUGACGAAUUGUCGUCGCCGAAGUGUAAUGCAAAGGAGUUUUCCUUCUUUUUCUGUCAAGCCUGUAUAUUUUUAGUGUCGCACGAUCGCAUUAAAAAUGCAUACCUGUGAACAUUAAAGUCAACAAGUGACAAGUGUUUAUGUGACUGAUAUAGUUGAGUAAAAUAGAAGUUUAUUUAUGUAAGAAGUGUUAAAUGCUUAUCAAUCAUGAAGAAACAGUUUUUCAGAGUUAAACAGCUCGCAGAUCAAACGUUUUCUAGAGCUGGUAAGACAGAAGUACUGACUGAUGAUUUACAAGCUGCAGACAAACAUGUCGAGCAAAUUAGGUUGGCUCUUGUUGGAUUAAACAAAAGACUUGCUAAUCCUCCAAAUCAAGCUAUAGCACAGGAUAUUGCAAUUAAAGAAAAACGGCUGAAAAAAUGCCCAGAAUACGUAUUAGGACAAACAAUGCAAGAAAAUGCUCCCGAGGAUGGCCUCAUGGGUUUUACGCUUACAGAAUGUGGUCGCGCACAAAUGUCUUUAGCGAAUGAAACAAUCGAACAUGAAGCAAAAGUUGAACAAUAUGUAACAAGCCCUCUACAACAUAUUUUAGAUACAGAUGUACCAAAUAUAUUAAAGCAUAAAAGAAAUUUAGCUCGGUUAAUAUUGGAUAUGGAUAGUGUGAGAACAAGAUAUCAGCAAGCUAGCAAACACAGUGCUGGUACGGGUGCAGCCAAGGUAGAUAGUUUAAGAGAAGAAUUAGAAGAGGCUGAAGCUAAGGUUGAGCAAUGCAGAGACCAGUUAGCUGCAGAAAUGUUUCAACUUAUGUCCAGGGAAACUGAAUUAGCACACACUAUUAUUCAAUAUGUAAAACUUCAAAGGGCUUACCAUGAAAGUGCACUUCAUUGUUUGGAAGAACUUAUUCCAGGAUUAGAAAGUUAUAUAAAUGACAAUGAAAUGAAACCAGUUUAUGGUUAUCCACUUGAGGAGCACCUUAGGGUGACUAAUAGAAAGAUUGCUUUGCCUAUCCAAUUAUGUGUAUCUGCUUUAUUACGACUGGGUAUGGAAGAAGAAGGCCUUUUUAGAAUAGCUGGCGCUGCAUCAAAGUCGCGACGAAUUAAGUUAAGUUUAGAUGCUUGCUGCCUUACGUUACCAAUUGCUCUGGAAUAUAAAGAUCCUCAUGUGAUCGCUGGCGCAUUAAAGUCCUAUUUAAGAGAACUCCCGGAGCCUCUCUUAACAUACAAAUUAUAUCCUGAAUGGAUGGCAGCUGCGAAAAUAACAAAUAACGAGACAAGAUUGAGAGCUCUUUGGGAGGUGCUAUACAAACUACCUCCUGUGAAUCUAGAAAAUUUACGGUUCCUAAUCAAAUUUUUGGCUGUACUCACGAAAAACCAAGACAUAAAUAAAAUGUCACCGCAAAACAUUGCUAUUGUUAUUGCGCCGAAUUUGAUAUGGAGUCCUCAAGAGGAUGCAAAUACAAUGGUAAUGAAUAUGAGCACAGCUAAUAAUUCUAGUCUUAUAGUGGAUCAGUUGAUUACAUACGCAAAUUGGUUCUUUCCUGGUGAAAUAGAUUUUGACCGUGAUUUGGACGUUGGCAUUUUAAACGGUAUAGAAAAUCAAAUCACAGGCAUGCGUCGUUGCGUUUCGAAUAGCAGUCUCAGUGAUCACGGUGAAAGUCCUCCACAAGGUAGUCCUAAACCGGCAGCUCGUAGAAAAAACAAACCAGCUCCAACGCCACCGAGUAGCACGACACCUGACAAACAUGAUAAGAAGCCCGAUGACAAACCACCGCCCACACCUGACAAACCGCCCAGGCCUUUGACAACUGCGACCCUUAAUCGUACAAUGAAUAAAGCUCAUAAACAAGAUGUGAUAAAUACAGAGUUACCAGUCAAACAUGAUAAUAACAUAGAGAAACAAGACAUAAAUACAGAAACAGAAGUCAAGCAACAAAGCCAUGAUACGAACGUAACUAUAGACACACCGUCCUCAGGUUGUCCGGAACACAUUAAUGAAGUAAUAGACGAAUUACGUAAUAUGCACGCUGAGGUAGAAAAAAGAAAUCAAGAAUUACAAAAGUCAGAAAAGAAACUGAAUACACUCGUGAACACAGAAAAAUCUAUUAUUGAAAAUUCAUCAAACAACAAGCUAGAGAUGGAAAAUUUGGACACCACGGUACAAAGGAUAAAACCGGUAGUCACAGAGAAACCACAUCCAUCCACAUUGGAAAGACGGAGACCGGUUGCAGCUCCAAGAAGUAUAACUAAUGUAAUACAUAACACAGAAGAAUCAGUUGAGUUACGUAGAAAGACAGAUAACACUAGUUCUACCAAUACAAGCACUCUGGACAGAAGUAGUAAACCAGCAAUACCAGAACGGCCUGCUGGAUUAAUGCGACCUUCGAGCCUUAUCAGACAACACCCACGUCAUAGUAAUGAAAAUUUAGACACUGAAACAGGGCCUUUAACAUUGGAAAGAGCUCACGUGUACUCGGUGGACAAACAACAGGUCAGUAUAAUACAAGUGCGUGGCAAUGGCAAUGUGUUCUGCACAACGGGCGACAACAAUGGCAACAUGGCUUCGAACUUGCAGAGAAGCCCGAGUGUAGGUAGUCGACCGUCAUCUAUGUCCUUGUACGGUGAACGAUCGGAAAAGCCUGCAAAAUUAAGUGCGCCAGAACAAACGAAAGCACACGUACGAACCAGAUCGGAAGGGAAUAUUAUCGAUGUUCAAACACAGACUGAAACAGUAGUAGUUAUUAAAUCACCGCAACAACCUGUUCCGGCCUCGCCAAGGUUCCAUCAGAGACCUCCAAGGCCACAGCCACCUCCGCCACCUCCACCGACCACGCGGCUUAAAACGGAUCAAGAAAGUACUAAUCUAUGAGAUCAGUUGUAUAAAAUGUGAUUACCGUAAUCAUAAACGAACAUUCAAAGAAUCAUUUUUCAAAGAUCGAAGGGUUCUAUGAUAAGCGACGACAUAUGGCAUUAUGGAAAAUGACUGCAAUGUAAGUUUUGUAAAUUUUCUCAUUUCGAUGGACGUCGAGGUGUUCUAAUAUCUUGACUACUAGGGAAAUUCUAAUUAAAUCGAUACCACUGUCAAAAUA